AUGGCCGUUAAAGCUGGUUCCUCUUUUGUAUUUUGUGGUGCGUCGUCGCUUUCUUCUCCGCUUAAGCUACGUGGAAGCUCCAAGCUAAGCACAGGAGAUGGACCAUAUGGUAGCUUUCACUUUGGAACUCGGAAGUUCCGGAAUGCUACAGUUAAAACCACCUUUACCAGUUGCUGGCUGCAAAAUGAAAGAAAUGUCAAGAUGACCCGGAAGAGGCUCUCAGCAACUUCAGAAGGCCAGUCACAGUAUGAUGAUGUUAAAUCUGACGUGACCGAGCAAGAAUAUUAUGCUUCUAAUCCAGAACCUACAUCCACCACUGGCACUUCAUUCAGCGAUGUUCAGGGAACUGGUGGAAAACCAGGUCUUGUUUCAUUUUAUAGCCAUCAAUAUAAGCCAGAAGAAGCCGAAGUUCCUGCCUCUGUUGCAUCAGGAAACAGUCAGAGCAGCCUAUUGUGGUUCCUUGGUCCAGCUGUCCUCGUGGCCUCUUUCAUUUUCCCUUCCAUCUAUUUGCGCAGAGUACUCUCCACAAUAUUCGAGGACUCUUUGCUCACAGAUUUCCUCAUACUGUUUUUCACAGAAGCAAUCUUCUACUGCGGUGUCGCCAUUUUCCUUCUGCUGAUUGACCGUUUGAGAAGGCCUGAUGAAUCAGAAUCCAUUCCAAGCAAUCAAGCCACAGUGUCUCCUCCUCACUUAGCUCAGAGAAUAUCUUCUGUUGCUACCUUGGUUCUGAGUCUUAUAGUUCCGAUGGUAACCAUGGGUUUGGUCUGGCCAUGGACUGGUCCUGCUGCUUCUGCUACUCUUGCGCCAUACUUGGUUGGCAUUGUUGUCCAGUUUGCAUUUGAGCAGUAUGCUAGAUCUCGAAAUUCGCCUUCUUGGUCAGUGAUUCCUAUAAUUUUUCAGGUUUAUCGACUGCACCAACUGAAUAGGGCGGCCCAACUAGUCACAGCACUGUCAUACACAGUGAAAGGGGCCGAGAUGACUACACAUAACUUGGAGAUAAGCAGCUCCCUUGGGACACUUUUGAAUGUUCUGCAAUUCCUUGGAGUCAUCUGCAUUUGGUCUCUGUCAAGCUUCCUCAUGAGGUUUUUCCCAUCAAACACACGGAAGGUGACACCUUGA